AAAAACUAAUGCAAUGGGUAUAAAUGGCCAAGUUCUUCCGCAUGAAUAGUCAUUUUUAACCAAAAAAGAAACAUGAAGUGUGUAUACAUUGUGAUAUAUUUUCUAGUUCUGCUCCACAGUGGCGUCAAGAGUCAAAACAUGGAAGAAGUAGCAAACCUAAUGACUAAUUGUCUUAAGAAAUAUCCUGUAUCAGAUGAAGAAUUCGUAAGGCAGCAUGCGAUGGAUAAUGAUCUCAGGCUGGCUAGCGACAGUUACAAAUGUUUUGGUAUGUGUGUGGUACAAGGCAGAGGAUGGUUUAUCGACGAUGUCCUCAUAGAUGAUGCGUAUAUCAAAGCCGAAGGCAAUGGUAUCUUAGCAAAACGUGGUGACCAAUUGCAUAAUUUUGCCAAAGAAUGUAAACUUUUGGUUGGAGCUAAUAAAUGCGAUACUGUGUUCCAAGUUACUAACUGUAUGGAUGAUAAAAUCAAAGAACUUUUAAGAUUGCUGAAGUUAUUUUAGAAUGAAAUGUAAAACUUUGAAAUAAACAGUAUGAGGGUUAUGGCCAUUGAGCAUAUAAAAUCAA